AUGAUCUCACUGCUUCUGUCUCUGCUGGCGGCUCUGGUCCUGACCCAAGCCCCUGAAGCCCUCGCUGAUGACCUGAAAGAAGACAGCUCAGAGGAUCGAGCCUUCCGCGUGCGCAUCGGUGCCACGCAGCUGCGGGGCGUGCUGGGCGGUGCCCUGGCCAUCCCAUGCCACGUCCACCACCUGAGGCCACCGCCCAGUCGCCGGGCCGCGCCGGGCUUUCCCCGGGUCAAGUGGACCUUCCUCUCCGGGGACCGGGAGGUAGAGGUGCUGGUGGCUCGCGGGCUGCGUGUCAAAGUAAACGAAGCCUACCGGUUCCGCGUGGCGCUGCCUGCCUACCCCGCAUCGCUCACGGAUGUGUCUCUAGUAUUGAGCGAAUUGCGGCCCAAUGAUUCCGGGGUCUAUCGCUGCGAGGUCCAGCACGGUAUCGACGACAGCAGUGACGCUGUGGAGGUCAAGGUCAAAGGGGUCGUCUUCCUCUACAGAGAGGGCUCGGCGCGCUAUGCUUUCUCCUUUGCUGGAGCCCAGGAAGCCUGUGCCCGCAUAGGAGCCCGAAUCGCCACCCCCGAGCAGCUCUACGCUGCCUACCUCGGCGGCUACGAGCAGUGUGAUGCAGGCUGGCUGUCCGACCAAACUGUGAGGUACCCCAUCCAGAACCCACGAGAGGCCUGCUAUGGAGACAUGGAUGGCUACCCCGGAGUGCGGAACUACGGAGUGGUGGGUCCUGAUGAUCUCUACGAUGUCUACUGUUAUGCCGAAGACCUCAAUGGAGAGCUGUUCCUAGGCGCCCCUCCAGGCAGGCUGACGUGGGCGGAGGCUCGGGACUACUGUCUGGAACGCGGUGCACAGAUCGCUAGCACGGGCCAGCUGUACGCAGCCUGGAAUGGCGGCCUGGACAGAUGUAGCCCCGGCUGGCUGGCUGAUGGCAGCGUGCGCUACCCCAUCAUCACGCCCAGCCAACGCUGUGGCGGGGGCCUGCCAGGAGUCAAGACCCUCUUCCUCUUUCCCAACCAGACUGGCUUCCCCAGCAAGCAGGACCGCUUCAAUGUCUACUGCUUCCGAGACUCUGCCCAUCCCUCUGCCUUCUCGGAGGCCUCUAGCCCAGCCUCUGAUGGACUAGAGGCCAUUGUCACAGUGACAGAGAAGCUGGAGGAACUGAAGCUGCCACCAGAAGCUAUGGAGAGCGAGUCUCGUGGGGCGAUCUACUCCAUCCCCAUCACAGAAGAGGGGGGAGGUGGGAGCUCCACCCCAGAGGACCCAGCAGAGGCCCCCAGGACUCCUCUAGAAUUGGAAACCCAAUCCAUUGCACCAUCUACGGAGUCCUCAGAAGAGGAAGGAGUAGCCCCGGAAGAAGAAGAAAGAUUCAAAGACACAGAGACUCUGGAGGAAGAGAAGGAGCAGGAGGACCUGUGGGUGUGGCCCAGGGAGCCCAGCAGCCCUCUCCCUACUAGCUCGGAAACAGAGCAUUCACUCUCCCAGGUGUCCCCGCCGGCCCAGGCCGUUCUACAGGGGGGCGCAUCACCUUCUCCCAGGCCAACAAGGGUUCAUGGACCGCCUGCAGAGACUCUGCUUCCCUCAAGGGAGGGAAGCCUCGCAUCCACUCCGGAUGGGGCAAGAGAAGUAGCGGGGGAAGCUGGGAGCCCUGAUGUCUCUGGGGCUCCUCGAGAGAGCGAGGAGGCAGGGAGCUCCGGCUUGGAGGAUGGCCCUUCCCUACAUCCAGCCACAUGGGCCCCUGUGGGUACCAGGGCGCUGGAGACCCCCUCAGAAGAGAAGUCUGGAAGAACUGUUCUCACAGGCACCUCUGUGCAGGCCCAGCCAGUCCUACCCACCGACAGUGCCAGCCGCGGUGGAGCGGCUGUGGCCCCCUCAUCAGGUGACUGUAUCCCCAGCCCCUGCCACAAUGGUGGGACAUGCUUGGAGGAGAAGGAGGGGUUUCGCUGCCUAUGUUUGCCAGGCUAUGGGGGGGACCUGUGCGAUGUUGGCCUUCACCGCUGCAGCCCCGGCUGGGAGGCCUUCCAGGGGGCCUGCUACAAGCACUUUUCCACACGAAGGAGUUGGGAGGAGGCAGAAAGCCAGUGCCGAGCACUAGGUGCUCACCUGACCAGCAUCUGCACCCCUGAGGAGCAAGACUUUGUCAACGAUCGAUACCGGGAGUACCAGUGGAUUGGGCUUAAUGACAGGACCAUCGAGGGAGACUUCUUGUGGUCAGAUGGUGCCCCUCUGCUCUAUGAAAACUGGAACCCUGGGCAGCCUGACAGCUACUUCCUGUCUGGGGAGGACUGUGUGGUCAUGGUGUGGCAUGACCAGGGACAGUGGAGUGAUGCACCCUGCAACUACCACCUAUCCUACACCUGCAAGAUGGGGCUUGUGUCCUGUGGGCCUCCACCUCAGCUGCCCCUGGCUCAAAUAUUUGGCCGCCCUCGGCUGCGCUACGAGGUGGACACUGUACUUCGAUAUCGGUGCCGAGACGGGCUGGCCCAGCGCAAUCUGCCGUUGAUCCGCUGCCAGGAGAACGGGCUGUGGGAAGCCCCUCAGAUUUCCUGUGUGCCUCGAAGGCCUGGUCGUGCUCCGCGCUCAAAGGACGCCCCAGAAGCACCGCGGCACAGGAAGGCACCGAUGACACCUCCCUCCAGUCUCUAGGGAGCAAGCCUGGAAGAUUACUGCCCCCAGCAGGGCCCUCUCGCAUCCGCUGCCUGUGCUCUUCAUUCAAGAUAGAGGAUGACAUGAAAGGGGUGGGACUGGAGUUCAGAGGACAGGGGUUUCUGGGAAACACUUGGGUGGCUCCGCCCAGCCUAGGCCCCGCCCCCUCAUACAAGGGCCUCCGGUUUUACUGGGUAAGUCCCUAAGUGCCUCAACUGCCCUCUCAUGUCAGCUGCCUCUUUGCCCCUCGAUUUCUUUAGGGGACACUGUGCUACUCGUUCUUGAUUUCCAAAGGGUUUUUUUUAGGAGGAAGUGCCAGCAAAACCAGAUGGAAAUAAAGUUGU